UUUCUCAUCUAUUUUUCUAUAUCCUCUCAACUCUCAACUCUCAAGUGUCAAUCUUAAUUUCUACUUCCAUUUUAAUUCUCAUAUUAUUAUAAUUCAUAUAUUUCAAUUUUCAAUUCAAAAUUUUCAUAUUAUAUCAAUAUAUAUAAUUAUGUUAUCUCAUAUUUGUUAUCAAGUAUUUGUUGGAGUUUUAAAUUACAAGUUACAACAAACCACAAGCUUCAACAAUCGGUUCAACGUUUGCUAUUAAUGCAGACGUUUGGUGAAGAAGUAGAAGCUGAUUUGGGAGAAGAGGAGUUAGAAGAAACACCUACUAGCUCGGUGACAGAAGUUUCAAAUGAGACUAUCAAUUUACCGGAGCAAAAUUUUGGACAUUCAUCCCUUAUACCUCCCACAAGGGAGAAGGUGAAGUAUCAACGCGCUAAAACUUCUAUUGUGUGGCAAUUUAUGACUUUCAAUAAAGAAAAUAGUGUUGCUAUUUGUAAUAAGUAUAAGCAACCUUUUAAACAUAAACAAGGUGGGGGUCAAGGUGGAAUAGGGGGAUUAAAUAGACAUUUGUUAUCUUGUGUGCCGAUUCAAUAUAAAGAAGCUAAAACAUUAGCCAAUAGAAAAAAAGGAAUUUCAAUUAAUGAAUUUGAUAUUACCGGUAAUGCAUCGAUAGGGGCUUCUAACAUGGUUCAAGGAACAUUAGAUCCUUUUAACCCUGUUGGUGCAAUAACACAACGUAAAUAUAAUAAGAAAUUAGAUCGAAAAAUUUUAGCUAAAAUGGUUUCUGUUUGUGGUUUGCCUUAUAGUUUUCCUUCAAAUCCCAAUUCUAUUGAAUAUAUUCAACAAACUUAUAAUCAGAAUUAUAGAGGCUUUUCAAGAAAUACUGUUAAAUCUGAUGUUUUUGAAUUUCAAGGUAAACAUUGUCGAUUUCUUCGUUGUAUAUUUAGCAUAUUAGAUAGUAGAAAGUCUAUAACUUCGGACAUGAGUCGUAGUGUUAAUGGAAAUGAUUAUUUAACUAUUACUGCACAUUGGAUUGAUCAUAAUUGGAAUUUGCAAAAAAAGAAUUAUAAGUUAUAAACUAUGUAUAGAGAAAAAAACUGCUGCAUAUUUAGCUUCAAAUAUUUUAAGUGUUUUAGAUUAUUACAUGAUUAUAGAUAAAAUAAUGUCUGUCGCAUUAGAUAAUGCAUCUAAGAAUACAAACGCUGCUAAAAUGUUAAAAAUUAGAUUAUGUCCAAUUCACAAUAAUGUUUUUCAUGUUAGAUGUGUUGUACAUAUAUUAAAUUUAGUUGUACAAGAUGGUAUUUCAUUAUUUGAUUUUGGUAGCGUAAAAAUUGAAUAUGCCGUUACCUGGAUUUUCAUACAAACAAUGCUGCUAGAAUUGGGGAAUUUAAUGAGCGUUGUUUACUAUGUGAAUUGUCACCUAGAAAAAUUACAAAAUAUAUUAAAACAAGGUGAAAUUCUCUUUACGAAAUGCUUUCGGUUGCUUACAAAUAUAGAAGACCCAUACAAAUGUUUUUUAAUGCUUAUAAUGCUGACCAAUUAGAUAGAAUUUGUGAUGAAGAUUGGGAAGAAACUAAAGAACUAUUACAGUUUUUAAGACUUUUUUAUGAUGCUACUACCAUGUUUUCUAGAAUUUAUUAUCCUACUAUUUCAUCCGUAUUAAUAAAUAUUUGUGCUCUUACAAUUCAAUUUUGUAAAUAUAAAAAAAUAGAUAAAUUUAGAGUUGCAAUUGAAGGUAUGGUUGAAAAAUUUUAAAAAUAUUUUUUUACUAUUCGUCAAGUUUUUUUUACCGGCUACUUUACUUCAUCCCGCUUAUAAAUUACAAGGUUUGCAAGACCUUGUUGACACAUUUUAUGAAACUUAAGAAAUUUUACCGGAAGAAAUUUCAAAUUGUCAAACGUGUGAGUCUAGCAUAACAGUAGAAGCAAAGCUGAAAAAUAUAAAACUACGAAAAAUUUUCAAGGAGAAGUUGGUCAAACUUCUAAUGUUGAGAUUGAUUUGUCACUUCCAAUUUCAACUUAUGUGCGAGGUAUUCUUGGUUUUAAUUCUAUUAACCGUGAUGAUUUUGAAGAAUAUCUUAAUCAAUAUUUAGAAAUAUUGGAAAUCAAAGAUGGCAACAAAGAUUCAUUAGGAUGGUGGAGUAGGCGAACCGAUGCAUUUCCAACUUUGAGCAAAA